CGGCUUCGAAAUCCGGUUCAUUGACGAAUUUUGUCGGCGGGCUUUUUUAACGUGACAAAAAUGUAUAUCUAAAACUGUUUUCACUUUUAAAAAAAUUGUUACGAAACACUCGCAACACACAAAACUGAUCAACCAGAUCCCGAUCUACUCGUUGUUUUUAACUAGACGACCCCCAGCGCCUGGCCAGGCAGAAAGGCCACAAUGAAGCUCACAGACAAUGUGCUGCGGAGUUUCAGGGUUGCGAAGGUUUUCCGAGAGAAUUCGGACAAAAUCAACUGCUUUGACUUCAGUUCGAACGGCGAAACUGUAAUAUCGAGUAGCGAUGACGACUCGAUUGUCUUGUACGACUGCCAGGAGGGAAAACCCAAACGGACGCUUUACAGUAAGAAGUAUGGUGUGGAUCUCAUCAGAUACACCCAUGCCGCCAACACUGUUGUCUACAGCUCCAACAAGAUUGAUGACACUAUUCGAUACCUGUCCCUACAUGACAAUAAGUACAUUCGCUACUUUCCUGGACACAAUAAGAGGGUUGUUGCUUUGUCUAUGUCUCCUGUUGACGACACAUUCAUUUCUGGCUCCCUUGAUAAAACUAUUCGCCUGUGGGACCUUCGCUCACCUAACUGUCAAGGCCUCAUGCACCUGCAAGGGAAGCCUGUGUGCUCAUUUGAUCCGGAGGGGUUGAUUUUUGCUGCGGGAGUGAAUUCUGAGAUGGUCAAGCUUUACGACCUACGCUCCUUUGAUAAGGGUCCGUUUGCCACUUUUAAACUACAAUAUGAGCGAACCUGUGAGUGGACGGGUCUCAAGUUCAGCAAUGACGGAAAGCUCAUUCUGGUCUCCACCAAUGGAGGAACACUCAGAGUGCUGGACGCUUUCAAAGGAGCCGUGCUCCACUCAUUUGGAGGCUAUAACAACAGUAAAGGUGUCAUUCUGGAGGCCUCUUUCACACCAGACUCUCAGUUCGUCAUGAUCGGAUCAGAAGAUGGAAAGAUCCAUGUGUGGAAUGCUGAGAGUGGAAUGAAAGUAGCACUUCUUGAUGGGAAGCACACUGGUCCAGUCACCUGUCUACAAUUUAACCCCAAAUUCAUGACCUUUGCCAGUGCCUGUUCUAACAUGGCAUUCUGGUUACCCACAAUUGAUGACUGAUGGGCCGCUGUCAGAGGUCAGCCUCUGUGAUGUGUUCUUCCAGCAGGUGGCAUCAUUCACCUCUCUCUUGGAGUUUCAACCACAGAGUUGCUCACUGUAGGACUUUUGAACUGUAAAUAGAUUGGCCUUGAUGCCAAAUUGUAUUUCUUUGUUCAUUUUAUAUCUGUAUCAUUAAAACUUUUUUGUAAAACGUUGUAAAGUAAUCUGUUCACAUUUUCUGUUUUGUUUAUGAGGUUGUAGCAAAGUGCUUGAUCAAACUGGCUUGUUUAGGAGAAGUAAAACAUUUCUGCAGAUCUGAUCUUAGCUAAUCAAACUAUAGCAGAACUCAGCACCUGUAGAUUUGGCAUCUUGUGAAUGAAGAAAUGUCAGUGGAACAUUUUUUUUAAUUAAAUAUGCAACUGUCCAAAGAUAUGGUUUUGAAGCCUUUCAGACAUGCUCAUAGCUGAUGUGUGUAAUUCUAUCUGAGUGCAAAUUGCUUUUAUGCCAUUAUUUUACUGGGUUUUGUUUUCUUGUUUUUAUGUAUUUUUCUUUUGCAAUACUGGCAUUCUUUUGAGUCGCUUAUAAAAACAAAUCUCAUAACAAUAUACAAUGACCACCCCUCUCUCAAGUUUCACUUUAUUUUGUUCUAGUUACUUUGCACUUAUUGAGGGAACAAUUGUGUUUAUGCUAGUUUUUA